GGGGCGGCCCCGGGCACGGUCCCCCACGAGCGGCGGCGGGAGCGGCGGAGCGGAGAUGCCGUACCUGCUCAUUAGCACCCAAAUCCGCCUGGAGGCUGGGCCCACCAUGGUGGGCGACGAGCACUCAGAUCCCCACCUGAUGAGUAUCCUGGGGGCCACAAAGAGGACCACGCUGGGGAACAACUUCUGUGAGUACUAUGUGAACGACGCUCCACGCAUGGUCCUGGACAAGCUGGAGAGCCUCGGCUACCGGGUGGUCAGCAUGACCGGCGUGGGCCAGACCCUGGUCUGGUGCCUCCACAGGGAAUAGCCAGGGAGAAUCCUGCCUUCCACCCGGACAACAUCCUGCUGGAGAUCAUCUUACAGGACUGGCAGCAAAUUUCCCCCCCUUAAUUCCUUUCUGUCCCAGACUCCAGGCACUCGGGGUGAGGGGAGGAACGGCACAGAGGCAGAGCUGGACCCGGUGGAAUUUUGCCAUCCCUGUCGUGUUUCCCAAGAGCAGGGGGAGGAAGAUAUGCUCAGAAUCAGGCAGAGGGAACAGAUGGCUCCAGCUCUGCCUUCAGCGGGAUGGCAGUCUGGCAAAUUCCAGCUUUUUACAUUUUAAUCAUGUGUUCAGCAUGUCCUGGAGGAAGCUCAGUAACAGGCCUGUUUGCCUCCUCCCCAGGCUGCCAGGGAGAGCUUUGUGCCUUCUCCUGGGCCAGAGGUUUAGGGAGGGACAGCAAGCAUGGACACCAUCCCAUCUCAUUCCUGAAAUCCAAGAGGGAACCACUAAAUCUACUCCCAGGGCUCCGAGAAUCCCUUCCCUUAGCAGCAAGGCCUGUUUCCAGCUCAGCAGCACCACCAGAUCCCAGACUGCCAUCCAAGCCUAACACGGGAUUCCCAAAAUAACAGAAAGUGUUGUUGUGUGACUAUUCCAGGUGUGGGCUCUAAUCCCACAUGUUUGGGAUUGUGCAUGGAUUCUGCUGUGGGGAUAACACCAAUAAAAUAUUGCUCCAAAGAGA